UUUUUUUUUUAUUUCUUUAGUUCAAUAACAAUGUUAUCCAAUUUGAAAGUCAUUGCUCAACGUGGUGCAAUCUGUAAUCAACGUAUAACACUUGGUUGUACUCAAAGAUCAUUUUCAACUAGUUUUAUUACUCGUCAAGAACAACAAGAACCUCCCGUAGAACAGAAAAAUAUUGAACGUGAAACUCUUUUGAUUCUUCAAGAUUCUAUUACCAAGGAAAAAGCGAAACCUUUAGCGGAUGUUGGACAAAGAUAUCAAAAGAUCCAUCAUGCUGGUGACAUUUAUCAUCCUCAAGAUUUGAACGAUGCACGAUACCAAGAUCAAUUACGCCAACGUCGAGGUCGACCCAAUGUUCCUAGUGAAGAUCCUUUUGAUGUGCUUGGUUUAGAUCCUCUUCAUGAAUACAAAAAUUAUCGUCUUUUGUCUCACUUUGUAUCUGAUAUGGGAAAAAUUUUACCAAGAGAAAAGACUGGUCUGACGGCAAAGAAUCAACGAAAAUUGGCCAAGGCUGUCAAGAGAGCUAGAGCUAUGGGUAUCAUGUGCUCUACUACUAAACAUACUUCUGGUUUUUCCAGGAGAUUUUAGAUUUCUUCCCUCCUUCCCAACAUUUGUUAUUUAGUUUUUUUUUUUCCUUUCUUUAGUUGUAUAGCAUUUUUAGAUUUAUUUUUGUUUCCUUUCAUCUUUCUUUCUUUUUGUAUUAUUCUCUAUUAUUCUUUGCAAAUAAAGAAUGAACGAGCUUUUUUUAUUAUUUA